UUCUCUCUUCGAUACUCACCAGAUGCUUAAAGAUUGGCAGCGGCAUAGAAUCACAAUUACAAGAGUCAAACAAACGAUCGACAAAGAAAAAGAGCCAGAUGAUAUCUGGCCUUAUAACGAUGAACUGAACACGAUUUCACGUCAUCUGACACAAGAAUCAAUGAAGAAAGUCUGCCAGAAACUAGAAAUUGACUUCCAAUGUGAUGAUGCUAAUGACGAAGAGAAACGGUUAGAAACUCUACGUAAAUGGAGAACCAACGCGUCAACUCAACCUAUAUGGGAUAAAUGGGAGCAGCUCUUUUCAGCCUUGGAAUCAAUCAACCUCGGAGGUUUGCUGCCAGUUUUAAAAGAACCAUUCAUCUACAAAGCUGAACUCGUUGAUUUGGCUUUUCAUCUGCUCAUGCAGGGUUUUUUGUCCUGUCGCUAAAGAGCUGGGUAUCAAUGCAACUAAACUAGCAUCAUAUCGACCCGUAUUCAUGCCAUCACACCUUGGCAUUGGUACCAUCAAGUUACUCAUGGAACUCAACGCAUCCAUUGAAGAUACCAUCCUGUCAAUGGAAAAACGAUCGGUCUUCUGUAGAAAAAUAG